CAGAGGCCUGACAGGACACCCCCCCACCAUGGGCAGCAAGGAGCGCUUCCACUGGCAGAGCCACAACGUGAAGCAGAGCGGCGUGGACGACAUGGUGCUGCUGCCCCAGAUCACGGAGGAUGCCAUCGUGGGCAACCUGCGCAAACGCUUCAUGGAUGACUACAUCUUUACCUACAUUGGCUCCGUGCUCAUCUCCGUAAACCCCUUCAAGCAGAUGCCUUACUUCACUGACCGCGAGAUCGACCUCUACCAGGGCGCAGCUCAGUACGAGAAUCCCCCGCACAUCUACGCCCUCACGGACAACAUGUAUCGCAACAUGCUCAUCGACUGUGAGAACCAGUGUGUUAUCAUCAGUGGAGAGAGUGGAGCUGGGAAGACCGUGGCAGCCAAAUACAUCAUGGGCUACAUCUCCAAGGUAUCUGGCGGGGGCGAGAAGGUCCAGCAUGUGAAGGAUAUCAUCCUGCAAUCCAACCCACUGCUGGAGGCCUUCGGCAACGCCAAGACCGUGCGCAACAACAAUUCCAGCCGCUUUGGCAAGUACUUUGAGAUCCAGUUCAGUCGUGGCGGGGAGCCGGACGGGGGCAAGAUCUCCAACUUCCUGCUAGAGAAAUCCCGUGUGGUCAUGCAGAACGAAAACGAGAGGAACUUCCACAUCUACUAUCAGCUGCUGGAAGGAGCCUCCCAGGAGCAGCGACAAAACCUGGGCCUCAUGACCCCCGACUACUAUUACUACCUCCAAUCGGACACUUACAAGGUGGAUGGCACCGAUGACCGGAGCGACUUCAAUGAGACUUUGAAUGCCAUGCAGGUCAUCGGGAUCCCGCCCAACGUCCAGCAGCUGGUCCUGCAGCUGGUGGCGGGAAUCUUGCACUUGGGAAACAUCAGCUUCUGUGAGGAUGGGAAUUACGCCCGGGUAGAGAGUGCGGACCUGCUGGCCUUUCCCGCCUACUUGCUGGGCAUCGACAGCGGGCGGCUGCAGGAGAAGCUCACCAGCCGUAAGAUGGACAGCCGCUGGGGUGGACGCAGCGAGUCCAUUGACGUGACCCUCAAUGUGGAGCAGGCAGCCUAUACCCGCGACGCCCUGGCCAAGGGGCUCUAUGCCCGUCUCUUUGACUUUCUUGUGGAGGCCAUCAACCGCGCUAUGCAGAAGCCCCAGGAGGAGUACAGUAUCGGUGUGCUCGACAUCUAUGGCUUUGAGAUCUUCCAGAAAAACGGCUUUGAGCAGUUCUGCAUCAACUUUGUCAAUGAGAAGCUGCAACAAAUCUUUAUCGAACUCACCCUGAAAGCUGAGCAGGAGGAGUACGUCCAAGAGGGCAUCCGCUGGACCCCCAUCCAGUACUUCAACAACAAAGUGGUCUGCGACCUCAUUGAAAACAAGCUGAGCCCCCCGGGCAUCAUGAGCGUCCUGGACGACGUGUGCGCCACCAUGCAUGCCACCGGCGGCGGCGCCGACCAGACCCUGCUGCAGAAGCUGCAGGCGGCCGUGGGCACCCACGAGCACUUCAACAGCUGGAGCUCGGGCUUCGUCAUCCACCACUACGCCGGCAAGGUCUCCUAUGAUGUUAACGGUUUCUGUGAGCGGAACCGAGACGUUCUCUUCUCUGACCUCAUAGAGCUGAUGCAGACCAGUGAGCAGGCCUUCCUCCGGAUGCUCUUUCCUGAGAAGCUGGAUGUGGACAAGAAGGGCCGCCCCAGCACGGCUGGCUCCAAGAUCAAGAAACAAGCCAAUGACCUGGUGGGCACGCUGAAGAGAUGCACCCCCCACUACAUCCGCUGCAUCAAGCCCAACGAGACCAAGAAGCCCCGUGACUGGGAGGAGAGCAGGGUCAAGCACCAGGUGGAGUACCUAGGCCUAAAGGAGAACAUCAGGGUGCGCCGGGCUGGCUUCGCCUACCGCCGCCAGUUCUCCAAGUUCCUGCAGAGGUACGCCAUCCUGACCCCUGAGACGUGGCCCCAGUGGCGUGGGGAUGAACGUCAGGGGGUCCAGCACCUGCUCCGGGCGGUCAACAUGGAGCCGGACCAGUACCAGAUGGGGAGCACCAAGGUCUUUGUCAAGAACCCCGAGUCGCUCUUCCUUCUGGAGGAGAUGCGAGAGCGCAAAUUCGAUGGCUUUGCCCGCACCAUCCAGAAGGCCUGGAGGCGCCAUGUGGCAGUCCGGAAGUACGAGGAGAUGCGGGAGGAAGCUUCCAACAUCCUGCUGAACAAGAAGGAGCGGAGACGGAACAGCAUUAAUCGGAACUUCGUCGGGGACUACCUGGGGCUUGAGGAGCGGCCGGAGCUGCGUCAGUUCCUGGGCAAGAGGGAACGCGUGGACUUCGCUGACUCGGUCACCAAGUAUGACCGCCGCUUCAAGCCCAUCAAAAGGGACUUGAUCCUGACGCCCAAGUGUGUGUAUAUAAUCGGACGGGAGAAGGUGAAGAAGGGACCAGAGAAGGGCCAGGUGCGUGAGGUCCUGAAGAAGAAGCUGGAGAUCCAGGCCCUCCGGGGAGUUUCCCUCAGCACGAGGCAGGACGACUUCUUCAUCCUCCAAGACGACGCCGCCGACAGCUUCCUGGAGACCGUCUUCAAGACCGAGUUCGUCAGCCUCCUGAGCAAGCGCUACGAGGAGGCGGCGCGGAGGGCGCUGCCCCUCACCUUCAGCGACACACUACAGUUCCGAGUGAAGAAGGAGGGCUGGGGCGGAGGUGGCACCCGCAGUGUCACUUUCUCCCGUGGCUCCGGCGACGUGGCGAUACUCAAGGCUAGCGGCCGGACCCUCACAGUCAGCGUGGGCGACGGGUUGCCCAAAAGCUCCAAGCCUACACGGAAGGGAAUGGCCCAAGGAAGACCUAGAAGGUCAGCGCAGGCCCCUACCCGGGCAGCACCGGGGCCUCCCAGAGGCCUGGGCCACAAUGGGGUGCCUCCUUCUGCCAGAAGUAGGCCCCUGCCCCUGGAGAUCACAUCUGGAAGGGGCUCCCAGCAGCCCUUCCGGGGCCCUCCAUCCUCAGCCCUGAGGGCCAGUAGACGCCCCCGGGCACGGCCCCCCUCGGAACACAACACAGAAUUCCUUAAUGUGCCUGACCAGGGUGUGGCAGGCAUGCAGAGAAAGCGCAGCGUGGGGCAGCGACCUGAGCCGGGCGUUGGCCGACCCAAGCCCCAACCUCGGAUGCAUGGCCCGCGGUGCCGGGCACUGUAUCAGUACGUGGGCCAAGAUGUGGACGAGCUGAGCUUCAACGUGAACGAGGUUAUCGAGAUCCUCAUGGAAGAUGCCUCAGGCUGGUGGAAAGGCCGGCUGCACGGCCAGGAGGGCCUCUUCCCAGGAAACUACGUGGAGAAGAUCUGAGAGGGGGCCCAGAUUCUGCCUCCUGCCUGCUCACCUUUCUGCCAGGGAACGAGGCCCCGCCGGCGAGGGCCUCAUUUUCCUUGGCUGCAUUAGCCAGAAGGUCCUGCCCAGUGGCCUCCAGCCCAACCCAGCCUAACUCAGGCCCUGGGUCUGGGGGCCACCACCGCAGCCCCCCCAGGGCCCUGGCCUCCCCCAUGUCACACACGUUGCCUCCUGUGUCAAACAGGGCUAACAGCAUGAAUCUACCUCCCAGCUGCCUUGUGAGUAUAAAUGAGUAAUGUCCUGUCGGCAAAGUGCCAAGCACAACUGGGGACACCUUGACAAGCAAGACUCCCCUUCUUCUGUCAUCACUAAGGCAAUAAACAUUUGCCAGGUGAAA